AUGACUCGGCGCUCGGGGAAGACUUCUAGUGCAAGCUCGACUGCUUCCCUCACCUCAAGUAUUCUCGAAUACCGAAAGUUUCAGGGUCGGACCUUUAAUAGUGACAAGUAUGAGACUGAAUAUUUCGCACCAAAUGACGAGAAGCAGAAGGAGUCCAUUGACAUCUCCCAUCACUACCUCAUGUUACUUCUCGACGGCAAGCUUUCGCUCGUCCCUUCGACAGAUGACUUGGAGGCCAAAGCUGAUGAUCAAAUAGGUAUAUGGGCAAUUGACUUUGCCGACCAAUACCCCAAAGCCGAGGUCAUUGGCACAGAUCUUUCCCCAAUACAACCAGAUUGGGUACCACCAAAUGUCCGAUUUGAACUCGAGGACGCAACUAGUAAUUGGACUUGGUCCAACGACAGGUUUAACUUUGUUCAUAUGCGCUACUUGAUUGGCGCUAUCGCUGAUUGGGGCGCGCUAUUCAAAGAAGCGUUCCGCUGUUGCAAGCCUGGGGGCUUCGUCGAAUCUGUCGAGGUCAAUCCUACAUUCCUCAGUGACGAUGAGACAGCCAGCGAUGUGAUGGCAGUGCAGACAUGGAAUAAGCUUUUCAGAGAGGCGAGUAAAACUUUUGGUCGUAGCUUUUGCGAGAUUGAGGGGGACGUGGAGUUUCUUGUUGCUGCUGGAUUUGUAGACCUGCAAGUUACUGACUUCAAGGUUCCUGUCGGCGGAUGGGCCAAAGACUCCAAGUUACGUCAAGUCGGCCAGUUCCUUCGCGCAACGAUCGAAAACGAUCUUGAAGGAUACACCCUCAUGGCGUGGCAGCAGAUUUUGGGGUGGCCCAAAGAUGAAUAUGAGUUAUUUCUGAUGGACAUGAGAAAGGCUCUCAGAGAUAAGAAAGUGCACAGCUACAUACGCGUUCGCUUUAUUAACGCCCGUAAGCCAUGAGAUGCGAGGUAGAUAGAGACUUGGGAAAUGGAGACCACAAUCAGCUUCAGGCUUUGGAGCGCCACAGACAUUUGUAGCGAAUCUAAGCCAGAAUGAGACAAGCCAUUCCUUCAUUAAGAGGCAGAUAGG